AUGCUUUCUGUAGAAGAUCCGCAGGGUGUGCGUCCCCUCGGCGGGCUCGGAUGACGCCAUCAAGAGGCGACGCCGAAAAGCCCGCUGUCACCCACGCCUUCGCUAAGCUUGGCUGGGGGGCUCUUGUGCGCUUGGGCCGGUCGCUCUCGCCCGCCAGCCCGGUCGCCCUCCCAAUGGCAGCCGCCGAGGCGCCGGUCGCCGCCGACGCUUCUCGCAAGCGGCGGCCGAAAGCGCAGUACAUGCAGCCGGCCAAGCGGGCCCGGCCGGGGGGCCCGCGGCAGCUGGAGCCGGGCAUGUGCGGCAUCCUCAUCACCUGCAACAUGAACGAACGCAAGUGCGUGGCCGAAGCCUACAGCCUGCUGGGCGAGUAUGGCGAGCAGCUCUACGGGCCCGAGCAGUUUGCAGAUCAAGAUGAGGACAGGCUAUCAGGAAAUGAAGAAGAGGACAAGGAAGUGGAGGAAGAUGAUGAUGCUGAAGCUUCUUUGAAAAAGGAGGUGGAUCAGAUUCGCACUUCGUCUGAGCAGAAGCUGCGGCGCUUCCAGUCUGUGGAGAGUGGUGCCAACAAUGUGGUUUUCAUUAGGACGCUGGGUGUAGAACCCGAGAAGCUGGUGCAUCACAUCCUGAAGGACAUGCAUACCACCAAGAAGAAGAAGACCAGGGUCAUCCUGCGCAUGCUGCCUGUUUCUGGCACCUGCAAAGCCUUCGUGGAGGACAUGAAACGCUAUUCGGAGACCUUCCUGGAGCCUUGGUUUAAAAGUCCCCAGAAGGGCACUUUUCAGAUUGUUUACAAGGCUCGCAAUAACAGCCACCUGAGCAGGGUCAAAGUCAUCAAUGAGCUGGCAGGAGUGGUGGGCCAACUCAACCCCGAGAACAAAGUCGACCUGAGUAAUCCCGAGUUCACCAUUGUGGUGGAGAUCAUCAAAAGCAUCUGCUGCCUGAGUGUGGUGAAGGACUACAUUCUGUUCAGGAAGUACAACCUCCAGGAGGUGGUGAAGGGUGGCAAAGCGGAGGGGCCGCCGGGUGCUCUGAGCACAGCCCCUGCGGGAGGCUUGGAAGAGCCUCAGCCCACUGUGGAGAGGGUGGAAAGCCCAAACCAGUGCGAAGAAAAGACAGAGGUGGAAGCCAAACCAGCUGCAGAGAAGGUGGAAAGCCAGAACGAGUGUGAAGAGAAGAAUGAGGCAGAGGCUAGCAACAAUCACAGGGACUAGGGCCUUUAAUGAAAUUGCUGGGGAAAGAAUGUCGAGGACGACUGAAUGUUACACCAGUGGUUCAGUGUGCUCGGUUGUUGUUGUUUUUAAUUGUCUUUUUAAACUUUAUGGCAUGGUUUAGGGAUCUCGCCCCAAGUGCGGGUUGGCUGUUAGGGCCAGGCUUUGGGCUCUGGUGUUCCCUCCUUGUUCUGAAUUGGCUCCAUUUCUCUCCAGUUUCGGGGAGCAAGUGGGGGUGCAUCAGAGCAGCGGGGGCUGCAUGAGCCCAAGGGCAGACUCCAACCACGAAGCCCUGGCUUGGCCGUGCCGUCCGAGCCGUCUUGCUGCAGCGCUCCAAAAACUGGUCACGGUUAAGCUCUGCCGAGAGCACGGCGCCCGAAAUGUGCAGUCGAAGAUGCGAGCACCUUUGAUUUCAGUGAGGCUUAGUCACAGCUUCUGGGUGUGCCUUAGUCAUAAUGCUGUUGGAGGUACUGUUGAAAUCCAGGCACCUGUCGGCACCUGUUGCGUGGUUGUUGGCAGCCAGAUGAUGGAUGUGUGUUCGCCCUUUGCGGUUGCCCCACUUGGUGGGUGUUUGUCUCGCCUCUCCUUGACAUGAGAUGGCGUGUAGUUUUGGACAGCCAAGGCUUCCACCCACAAGCCGAUAAGCUGAUGCCGGCCUUUCGUCAGUUGUGGCCCUCUUUCUGUUGGCAGGGCUUCCAGUUUCUAAACUAUUGCAAAUUCUAAGUAGACUCAAAACUAGCAUCUGGACUAUGAGUGAUUUCAAGUGCGUGCGUGCAGGUGUGUGUGUGUGUGAGAGAGAGAGGGUCUUUUUAUUAACAAAUUUUUUAUUUAAAAUUUGCAUACAAGUUUUCUAUUAAAAGCCCUCUUGAGAACAUGCCCAUUGUGUCAGUAUAGAUCUAACAGCAAGCCAAGUAACAACCUGCCCAGUAAGUGGAGACAGGAAGAAAUUGCUAUGUCUAUUUCUCUUAAUUUCGCAGGGCAGCUCAGGUUGUCUUUUCCUACCAUAGAGUGUGCAGUGUAUUCAGACGACAGUUUUCCAGACAGGUUCCCAGUUUUCCUGAAACAUGUUGCAGAGAUGAGAAAGCAUCCUUUGGGAAAUGGUUCGCAGGCAACCCACAACGUCCCAUGAACUCUGUUCUGCAACUUCCAGGUUAGUGUAGCUUUGGCAAGCUCGGGCUGCUGAUGCAGUGCUAUUCUGGUUCACACUGGUUGGAGUUUCUGCUAAACCCAAGUUCUUCUGGCAUCCUUGUACCAGCAAGCAGUAUGAAGGUGGGGAAUUCUUGCUCAUCACCGAGCUGGAAGUUCCCACCUGCUGCUGCUGCAAGGAAAGAUAAGGUGAAUUUGCUCCAAGGAGUAGCCAGAGAGGGCCGUGGCUUGGUGGCAGGACCUGUGCUUUGCAUACAAGAAGUUCCUGUUUCAGUCCUUGGCAGGAAAAACUCCCACCUGUAACCCUGGAGAGCGGCUGCCAGUCAGUGUUGACCAAACUCGGCUUGAUGGGCUCCAUAAAAGCAGCUUCCAGUGAGCUGACUGGGGGCUUCUGGGACUUGCAAUCCAACACACCUAGAGGGUGCCACAGUGGGGGAGCAAACCCCUUUUCUGAAGGGGGGCAAGAAGGGGCGGGGGCCAGGCAGCAGGCUUGGGACAUACCUACAUGCAGUGUGGUUCACAUCUGUGGAAGGUCUCCUGUCCACCUGCAGGUCUGGGUCUUGGGGGCAGAAGCCAGCACCAGCCCUGUGGGGCCUCUUGCAAAAAGGGUGUGUGGCUAGCACUGUGCUGGGAAUGUCUCCCGCGGUUUUUCCAAGCAGUCUUACUCCGUUGGGUAGGAAAAAUGUUUUUGAAAAGAAAUUCAGAGGAGGAGAAUUUCAGAGGCAUUCUUAAGGACUGUGUUGGGGCUCCUUGUACAUGCUUUUCUGACGCAGCAGCAGCUGAGGGGUGUGUGCGCCGGCCCUUUUUUACCUUGUCUGAUCGUUUGGCUUUCCACUUGUUGGCUAAAGCCCAGAGGAAGACACCCUGUGGGGAUUUCUUCUAUGGCGGAGCGUUUCCAGAAGAAUGCUUCUUCAGGGGGGAACCAAAGGACCAAAGGACAUUCAAAACAAAUUACAAAAAAACAUUUUUCUCAGAAAGGCAGUGAGAUUUUUAUUUUCUUACCCCAACCUGCAAGAAAUAAAAAUGUCAUUCUGAGGAAUUUUCUCCAAAUUAUCUUCAUUUUUUCUUUUUUAAUGGGGACUGGCUUUUCUCUCUCCCGCCCUGUGAAGGCCCGGAGCAGCACUAAAUAUGGGGCAUUGUAGGGGAUACAGAAAAUUGGGGCAGCAUAACCGCAGCUGUUGCCACUUGCGGGGGCAGCACCAAAACCCCCCUGUGCUUUACCCCCUGCCAGUGGCAAGCUCCACCCAUGGGGGAUGUGGAGAAUUUCUCUUCCCAUCGGAGAAUUUGGGGGAAAUUGUCCCGCCGGUUUCUCUGCACGCAGGUAGAGUUGAGAAUUUGGAAGGGGGCAUCAGUGAUCAACCAGAAGGCAGCAUUGCAAGCAAAUGAGGACGGGCACAAGCAGAUACCAAGCUUGGAAGCUUUCUUGUAUGUUACGCAAAUGCUGGUCUCUAAAAGGCAAAGGCAGACUCCAACUGGCAGCUUGAUGCAGUCAAUUACUUCCUUCAGGAGCUUCUGAUUGCAGGAUACAUCAGUCUGCAUGUGAAUAAAUGCAGAACAGGGACUGCAGCCUCUCAGGGUGAAACUGUCCAGUGGAGCUGGAUAAAAUCUUGCUCAAAAGUCACUAAUUAACACUCCUGUUUUAGAGAGGUAAAGAGGUAAAAAUUGAGAGGUAAAAAUUAGCACCAGCCUAUUGACACUCAGAGAACAAGCAUCCAGCAGACCAAAGAAGUCCCCGCUUUCAUUUGAUGUACGGAAAUUCAGGGAACUGGUCUUGCAUAGACAUCGCUGGCAACACAGCGAAAGACGAAGCGGUGUGGCUUUUAGAUUUUGGAUGCAGAAAGGGCAGAGAGAUUGCUGCCCUUGUUGGAUUGCUUACCACAUAGGGAAGGAAGGAAAUGGCCACUUGGCUGGAUUCUAAUGGCAGCGUCUCCUUUCUCCUCAAGGCAAAAUACUGCUGUUUGCACUGAUUAUCUGGAAAACAGCAAACGCAGGGGCCUUGGUGAAUAAGGGUGACAGGCCCUGCUCUGUCUUUAGGCAAAGUGGCUGCCUCAAGGAUGGAGUGGCAGCACUGUGUUGGUCCUGUCUUGGAAGAUCCGUAAACAGUAAGUGCCAUUAUGUGUUUACCUUCCAUGCUGGUCUCCAAAACUAACGGACCUUUUUGGCUGGAAGUACAGAGUGGGAAGAGAGCUUGGAGGUGAUCCAGCCGAACCUUUUGCUCAUUUCUGAGUCCGCACUGUAGAUGCAUGUAAUUCCUGUAUGUCCAAAUAAACUAUAAAUGUUAUUUUGACUGUACACCCCCGGCAGGCUCUCAAAGGAUUUUUUUCACUCUUGCCAGAGUGUUUUGCACUUCAGCUGCCAUCCACCCCAGCCAACACGCUCGGGGAUGCUGGGAUGGGGACCCCAAGUUGAGAAUGGCUGCUUCAGUUGCAAGAGCCUACUGAGAAAUGAGCUGAAACCAAAGCACAGGGCUGAAAUACAGAUCGGAACAACCAUAGCUGUGUGUUGAACAGGGAGGGUGCCGCAUCUUGUCACUCACCUAGAGUGACCAUAUGUCUUGAGGAACCCCUGAUAUUGCUAUUACUGGUGUCACUAAGGUGGCGUCAGCAGGAAAAUGUACCUUCCGCGUGUCACUAAGGCAGGUGGCCUCCUGGGAACUCCGUGACAGUGAAGGCACGCUGCUGUUCCCACAGCAAGACUUAUGUCUUCUCCAUGUCAUACAGAGAGUGUGAUGGAAAGGCCAUGAAUGGGGCGGAUCUCUCUGUCCCACACAGCUGCUGUGCUCUUUCUCGUGAAGGAGAGUUGAACAGGAACAGGGUAAGGGCACGGAUCCUGUGCCUUGGCCAGUGGUAAUUAAAUGCUUAGCCAUGGUAGAAGUCCUUCUAAAGCACCAGUGUGUUGGGCUGGCCAGAUCCACCUGCGGGGCGGCAACUGGCAGUGUUUCUUCUGGGAACUGCUGUUUUCUUGUUGCUUAAUCCCUCCAUCAGUACCUUGGCUGAAAGGCAAUAGGCUGAAUUCAACAGGUACAUAGGAUUGCAGCCUGUUUCUGUGUACCUCCACCUGCCCCUGCAGGCUUGGAGCAGGCUUCCUGUGAGGUGUGCUUCUUUGCAGGGUGUGGCUGGGAAAGCCUUUCUGGGCAGGAAGGGACAAUCUGUUAUUUCUAUGCAUAAAAGAGGAUGUCUCUCUGUGUGUCUCUAGGAUUGUGUAACCGUAACCCCCGAAACUUGGCAUGCAUACUAAAGGGAUUGCAGUAGUGCACUCCUCUGAGUGACUGGGGCUUUUUUAAUAUGCACCACCUCAUUGGAAUUAAUUUGAAUGUCUCAGUGUGUUAAACGCCUGCAGUUCUGAUGUCGGCCACAAGGUGGCAAACUGUCUUAGUCUACAGCCGCAGGAUGGUAUUCCAAGGGACAAAGUUACAUGGCAGCGCCCCCUGUUGAGGGAAUGGAGUAGGGUGAACGGCUCCUGAUGGGGCUGAAGGAGUGCAUCUCGCAGGCCUAUGUUAGCAUAGUGGCAAAGGCAAUGCCAGUACAUAUACAAAGUCUUUGUUAUGAAACAGAUUAAGCCAUGCUGAUCCAAAGGAGGAAUCUCAAAGUCCGGUUAGGUGAUACCUUUAUUAGAACUGUCCAGUCAGACUGACCCCCUCCUUUCUAGCCCCUCCAAUGGCAGCCAUUGAAUCUACUCUAAUGUACCUGGCUGAAACUGGUAGUGUUUGGUAAAGGUUGCCUUCCUGUAUCUCAAUAUUCCACUUGAUCGCCUUGCUUUGGUCAGCCCCAAAUCAGACCAUUUAAUGCAGUCAAAAUCAUAACAUCCCCCCUGUACUGAAUUACAUCAUUUGUACCUCGUGGGCCAAGUAUUUUGAUCCUGGUUCUUGGAGCAGAAAUAGAUCAGGGCUUUAAGAUGUAGGGUUUCUUACGUGCUUUGGGCUGCAUUUGAGCAUCUGUAGGUUGGGGGACUGGAAGAGGGCACCUCUGAUCUUCCUCCAAAACAACCUUUGGAGAAACCAUCUGAACAGAACAACAUGUCUGCCUGAGCUCCUUGUUUCCCAAACCAAGCUUGGGGUUAGGAGGCCAAAGGGGACGCAAGGAUGGCAUCAGUGCCACAGAGUUGGAGUUGGAUCGAUGGAGUUGUUUGGAUUCUCUGAUCCAGGUUCUUUCUCGAGGGACUAGGAAGGCUCCAACAGCCACAGCUCGGCCAUUUCCACCCACUCCUGGUAUGCAUCUUGUGUCUGCUGCCUAGGAUUAGUUCUCAUUAGGCUGCCUUUGGGAGGCCCCCUCACCUUAGGGCAGGGGUGUCAAACCUCAGCCUGGCAGGCCAAGCCUAGCCUAGCCUAGCAGGGGUCCCAGUGGCCCCACCCCUUCCCUGGAUCCCACCCCUUUCCCCCAACCACUGAUCAUGUGAUGCUUUCCUGGUAUUGGCAUGCUUAUCCCUAUCUCAGAGGGUGAAAUCUCUCUCUCCUAGCUUAGUUGCAGAAAGUGAGAGCUUUAAGGUUACCACAUUCUGGAAUGUUGUAAUAACUAGCUGCAUGCCCCUUUGGCUUUUUCAUUUUUGCCCCAACGGGAAUCCAGCCCCUUGCAAGAACCUUUCUGAAACUGAAUUUGGGGCUUGGGCUGAAAUAAUUUUUACACCCUUGUCUUACAGGUCCCCCCCCCCCCGAAUUCUUCCUUUUUUUGGUACAUCUGCAAAUUUUAGCAUUCCCCUAAGCCUGCUGGUGUUUCCCGUGUGUGUGGUAUUUCGGCUGAACAAGGAACAGUGCUUGGAGAUCUGACAGAAUCUUUAGCAUAUAUGUUGAUGUGAGGCUGUGAGCUAUUCUUUCAGGCUUGAUCUGUGACAAUCAAAUGAGUUAAUGCUUGGUAGCCACAACAGGGCAAUGAAACUUGGAGGAACCAUGAAAUCCGAUAAGCACACAGAGCAAUAGUUCAUUCUCAUCAAUGGGAUCAUUAUGCCGAGUGAUAGUCCGCUUCUGAUGAGCUCCAGGGCAUCGUUAGACCUUCUCCCACUCUUUCUUUCUCAGCACCUUCCUUUGGACUUUCCCGGAAAUUGUCUUGGGCAGAUUUUGAACAAACUCUAUCUAAUUGGAAAGGAGAAGAAGGAAAAAGCGGCUGAGUACAUCAGCUUUGAUUGGAAAUUGCAUUCAUUCACUGAGAGAGAAUAUGGUAUUUCAUGAAGGAUAAGGGACAUUUGGGAGACGGGUGGCUACUUGUUGGUUUCCUGCUCACUGCAAGCCUGGAAUUCAUGGUUUUUGUUUUCUGCAGUCUUUCCCAUUCUAAAAGGUGAACAUUCCUCUUCUAAUGCUUAAUGACUGGCAGUGAGAGCUUGGAGCUAAAACAAACUGAUUUGGGGGGAAUUUUGGACCCCGUUUCUUUUGUCUCUGACUCUGCCCCUUUUGCCAGUGGUUUCCCCAUCCAGCACUGUCAUGUGAAUUCAGCCCUCGGGCUGAAAGAAGUUCAACAUUUCUACAGUGAAGCAUCUCCUCUUCUUCCUCAGCACCCAAGAACUUUUGUCCUGCAAAGCUUUCUUAGAGUAUCUUGAAGUCUAACCAAAAAUUAGUAAUGGAACUGCUCCCUGAUCUACAAAUAUCCAGGUCUCUGGAACACCUACGUCUUGACCCUGAAUUCCCAUUGCGAUCCAUUGGUGUCACUUCAAACAACUGCUAAGCUGAAAGUAUCUUCUCCAUUUCCCCCUCCAUUCUCAUUCAAUUUGGGGGGGAAAUGCUAAUUUCGAUACGAUGCCAAUUUUUACAUUAAAAUUUGAUGAAAUAGC